CUCAAAAUUUCACACCCAACUUUCUAGCCUCAUGUUCCUUUGCAUUCACUUUACAUUCACAUUCACAUUAUUCACUAACUCAACAGCAGCGACAACAAUAAUCUAUCACCUCACCAUUUAGCAACAACAUCAUCAACAGCAUAUUCUUUCCAAUCUCCUUCCAACACAUACUCUCACACGCACGCAUAUCCAUUCGUUCCUUUCACUCUCUUUCUCUCUCUCUCUCUCUCUCUCUCUCGCAUGGCUUCCAUGACCGCUCCAACCCUUACCUUCCCUAACCAGAAGCUUGCCGUUCCGUUUCCCGCGCGAACGCCGUCGCUCCUUUCUUUACCUUCCUUCUCUCCCUGCCGCUGCAUCUCCUCCGACGACCGCAGCGGCGCCAAACGUGGUUGGGAUUCCGUGCUGCACCACUUCUCCGAGGUCGCCAAGCGCGUCGAUUCUUACUGGAAGUCCUUCGGGGACGCCGUCGAAGAUCGUAGCCGCGCGGCUGGUCACGACGAGGAUUGGGAUUGGGAUCGGUGGCGCCGGCAUUUCGAGGAAAUCGACGACCAAGAGCGUCUCCUCUCAAUUCUCAAGUCCCAGUUAAGUAGGGCUGUGUAUUUGGAGGACUUCGAAGAUGCCGCCAGGCUAAAGGUGGCUUUUGCGGCUGCAGCUAACAAUGACAGUGUUGGAAGAGUGAUGUCUUAUCUUAACAGAGCCAUUAAAGAGGAGCGGUAUGGUGAUGCAGCUUUCUUAAGAGAUAAAGCUGGCGCUGGACUUGUGGGUUGGUGGGCUGGUAUUUCUGAAGAUGUUAAAGAUCCACAUGGUCUAAUUAUUCGUAUAACUCCUGAGCAUGGAAGAUAUGUGGCAAGGAGUUAUAGUCCUAGGCAACUUGCAACAUCUGCCGCUGGCAUUCCACUAUUUGAAAUUUUUCUUACAAUGGAUAAAAAAGGUGAAUUCAAGUCACAGGCUGUGUACUUAAAGCGGAGAGGGGCCUUCCAUGGAUCCCCAACAGCGUCUUCUAAAACAUUGGAUGCUACUGGGACACUGAGUUCAAUGGAAUCUACUGAAGACAAAAGUGAGUUGUUUGUUGUGAGUACUGAAGAACCAGAAAAUGGUGAUGAUAGGAAUGAUGGCAAUGAUCCAACGGAGGGAAUGCCUGGAUUUCAGAAUGUCUUGAAAGAUAUGAUUCCUGGAGUAAAGGUGAAGGUUUUCAAGGUCAUAACUCCAGAAAAAGUAGACACCGAUCUAUCUGAUGUGAUUGAGCAGAUAAUUGAGGAUGAAGAGGAAGAUGAAGAUGAAGGAAGUGAUGAAGAUGAUGAUGAUGAUGAUGAUGAUGAUGAAGAUGAUGAUGAUGAAGACGAAGACAGAGAGAAAGAAAAAGAUGUAGAAAAUCUAGAACUGGAAGAUAUUAAAUCUGAGACUGAGCAGGAGGGAGAUGAUGAGAUUGAAGUAAACGCUGGAAUGAGAACUUUUGGGCGUGAAGAACAUAAUGAAUUUGCUGUUAAAAUUGCUAUUGGUGGUCUUGUGCAGAAACUUUCAAGUAAUCUAUCCACUAGAGAUUUGCUUCGAGUUCCUGCUAAGCUGGAUAUGAAGGGGUGUGGUUCAUUUUCAUUUACUGUUGAAAAAGAAGUCAAUCAGCCUAUUGGUCUUGAUAAAGGAAAAUCUUCAUCUGAUAAAUCAGCUAAGUUUCAAGGUCGUCGCAAAGUUAAUCAUGUGAUUUUUGACCUUGCUAAAUUUAUUGGCAGGGGGAAGAUACCAUCAAAGGUGCUGAAAGAGGUGGGAGAAUUGAUAAAUCUCACACUAAGUCAGGCUCAAAACCAUCAAUUAUCCGGGUCAACUAUUUUCAAUCGCAUCAAAAUACCAACUUCUUUUGAUCCUUUAAAUGGUCUGUACAUUGGUGCACAUGGACUUUACUCCUCUGAAGUUAUUCAUCUAAGACGUAGAUUUGGACAGUGGCAAGAGGACAAUGGAGCCAAGGAACCUUCAGAUCUUGAGUUUUAUGAGUACGUAGAAGCUUUUAAGUUAACAGGAGAUCCUUAUGUACCAGCCGGCCAGGUGGCAUUCCGUGCAAAAAUUGGAAAGAGGUAUCAACUACCUCAUAAAGGGAUAAUACCUGAAGAGUUUGGUGUGAUUGCUCGCUACAAAGGCGAAGGGAGGCUGGCUGAGCCAGGGUUUCAAAAUCCCCGAUGGGUUGAUGGUGAACUUGUGAUUCUCGAUGGAAAGCACCUAAAAGCAGGCCCAGUUGUUGGAUUUGUGUACUGGGCCCCUGAGUACCAUUUUUUGGUCUUCUUCAAUCGGCUUAGGCUUCAACAAUAGGGUUUUGUUCAUAAUGUCAGAGACUUGUAAAUUCUUUCUUCAGAUUCUCAGCAGCAUUUUUCUUUUGAAAAGAAAAAUAUUCUUCGCCUCUACCGUUGUAAUCGCCACGGUUGUUUGUCAUUGUCAACGUCGUCGGAGUUCUAGUUUCGGUCGAUGAUGAUAAGGUUUUAAGGUUUUGAUAAUCUCGGCCAAGCAACCAACAUUCCAUCAACAAUUCUUUCACUAGAGCUCCCAUGCGCCCUCACGUGCCUCUUAAAGUUACGGAUCUGCGUUCUUUUUUUGCCAUGUGUGGCGGUGUGUCUUGGCUCCUCUUCGACAACGAUUUAAAGCAUCGAGUAAACCUAUUAAUGAUACAAUAUUGCCAAUGAAUCCUCUACAUUAGUGUCUCAAUGUGAUGAUCUCACUUGCUUUCAAGCAUGGAAAAGGUCGUCAUAAGUGUGACCAUUGCGGUUUUUUGGAAUGCUAAAACUGUGCUUCAAUGGAAGAUAUCAUCAAUCACUGCAGGGUGGUUCCAUUUGAGCUUUAAAUAUCUUAACCACUAGCUAUCUGCCGAGUAGCAGAGACUGAGCAAUGGGCUGCUUGUCUAGAACUCAGAUGACUCUGGUAUCUUAAGCAUUGGUAGGUGUAGCUUGACUAACUAUAGACUGAAGAGGGAUUAGUAAUACCAGCACCGAAGCACAAUGUACUAGUAGUCUUCAUUCCAUCAACUUUGUACAUUGUUCCUAGUUUUUCUUAUAAGUUAUAUAUGUAUCAUAAAAUUCAUAAUAUCAUUGUUCUUUCUGUUACGAUGAGAUUUUCAUCACAAUUUUUUCUUACUUUGAAUCCUAUUUUGAGGUUUUUGGCA